GCUACGUCAUCCAUGAGUUGCCAACUACCCAAAAAAUAAGUCUUCGUUCAGUAACUUGAGCCUAAUACUCGCCAUCUCCUCUCCGUCCAUUCAGUGUGUGUUCUCUGCUUCCCCAUUGCCCAAGCCCUUCUCACAAUGGCGUUACUCAUGAAGCAGAGGGUACUGUGGGCAUCCCUAACCAAAGGAACCGUCAUCUCCCGCUGCCUCGGGUCCUCCAGCAUCCAAGGACAAGUGGCAGCAUCUCUCGAGGACGAACUAAAAGCUGCCAAACCCCUUUCGGAAAUGCCAGGGCCUAAAACAUACCCGGUGAUUGGCUCUUUACCUGAUAUGUUGGCUGAUUUCGACCGCAAAGCCUUUCACAAGUACUACCUCCGAGCAAACGUCACCUACGGCCCCACCUUCCGCUUGGUCGUGCCUGGCUUCGGUCCCAUGAUACUAAUGACCCACCCCGACGACUGCGAGAAGCUCCUACGCCUUACCAUGCACAACCCCGUCCGCACGCCCAUCGCUUCCCUGAAGGCGGUGAGGGAUCGGGCCAUCGACGACUUCUUCGAGAAAAAGGCGGGGAUAUUGGUCGAAAACGGAGACGAGUGGUGGCGAGUGAGGAGCAGAGUCCAGACCCCUAUGAUGAAACCUAAGGUAGUGGGAACCUACCUUCAGCAAAUGGACCAAGUUUCAGUUGAAUUUAUGGACAGGAUUGCGGAGUUGCAGGCAAAGCACGGGGAAAUGCCGAACGACUUCCAAUUUGAGAUGUAUAAAUGGGCACUUGAAUCCGUUGGCUUGGUGGCGCUGAAUCGACGCCUAGGCUGUCUUAAUCCGAGCAUCCGUGAAGAUUCGGAUGCUCUGAGGCUGAUUGAGAUCGUCAAUGACAUAUUCCAAGCACUGAACGAUACUGAAAUAUCCUUGGGGUUGUGGAAGCUUUUCCCAAUUCCACCGUACAAAAAGCUGAAGAACAGACAUGAGCAAUUCUUAGAGAUUGCGGUCCGUAGCAUGCAGCAGACAGAGGCCGCUAUUCUGGCGCAGGAUCCUGACAGUGAGCAUGAGGUUUCCUUGAUGGAAUCCCUUCUGAUGACAGAAGGGCUUACUAAGAAAGAUGUCGUCACACUGAUCCUGGAUAUGUUGUUCGCAGGCAUCGAUACGACCUCCCACACACUUGGCUUUAUUCUGUAUCUAUUGGCACGGAACCCCGACGCUCAAGCCAAGUUGCAGGCGGAGGUAGACACAGUCCUUAGGGAUCACGAGGGACCGCUCCUGCCCAAACACAUGGCACAGUUCUCAUACAUGAAGAGUGUGGUUAAAGAAACUUUAAGAAUGUAUCCACUGACUCUUGGUGUGGGAAGGAUUUUAGAAAAAGACUGCGUGCUUUCAGGAUACGCCGUUCCAAAGGGGGCCACAGCUGUAGCUUUAUCCAUGGUCACGGGUUGGGAUGAACAGUAUUUCCCACGAGCCAAAGAGUUCAUCCCAGACAGAUGGUCUCGUAGUCGGCCGCUGGGUCCCAUUCACCCUUAUGCCUCCCUGCCCUUCGGCGCCGGGACCAGGAUGUGCAUCGGAAGGCGGAUCGCGGAGCAAGAGAUGUACACCUUCUUGGCGAGGGUUAUGCAGCGCUUCACAGUAGACUACAAGUACAAGGAUAUGGACGUGCUCACCCGCCUCGUGUUCAUGCCUUCAGAACCCCUCAAGUUUAGCUUUACUGAACGCAAGCAAUAAGGGUCUUUAGAACAGAGUUUUUUUUUUUUGUUUUUUUUUCAAAGUGGGUGACGGCACUGAACUGUACUGGGUCACAAGCUCAUGUUCAUAUACAUUGAUAGAGUGAUUAUGUGUGUGUGUGUGUGUUUGUGUGUGUGUGUGUGUGUGUGUGUGUGUGUGUGUUCGUGUGUAUGUGUGUGUGUGUGUGUGUGUCUGUGUAUGUGUGCGUGUGUGUGUGUUUUGUGACUAUCAUCAUUAUUAUAAUUUUUAUCAUUAUUAUUAUUGUAUUAUCCUCAUCAUUAUUACUAUUAUUAUUUAUUAUCAUUGUUAUUAUUAUCACUAUUAAUUAUCAUUAUUAUUAUUAUUAUUAUUAUUAUUAUUAUCAUAAUCAUUAUUAUCUUUAUUAUCAUCAUCAUUAUUAUCUUUAUUAUCUUUAUUAUUAUCGGCAUGAUCCCCGACCCAUGCUUCCCUUCAGCUGCCAGCCAGAAGAGGAAAUACUCCACAAUGACAAAACUUUAGGACAAUUUUUUUUUGCCUAAAAAGCUAGAGAUAAGAACAUUAGUACAUACGUCCGUGUUUGUGUGCUUGUGAAUAUACUGAUGUAUUUACUUUUAGAAUGAAAUAUUUGUAGUGUAUUGGACUGAAUUAUUGUUUCAAUUUUUAUUCAAAUCUGAUAAGCAAUGUUUGAUAAAAUCCCUUGUUUGAUUAAAUCCAUUAGUAUGUAUAUAUAUAUAUAUAUAUAUAUAUAUAUAUAUAUAUAUAUAUAUAUAUAUAUAUAUAUAUAUAUAUAUAUAUAUAUAUAUAUAUAUAUAUAUAUAUAUAUAUAUGUGUAUAUAUAUAUAUAUAUAUAUAUAUAUAUAUAUAUAAAAAGUUAUAUAUAUACUCAUCAAAAUGUAUAUACCAAUAUAUACAUAUCCAUAUAAACACCAAUAUAUAUAUAUAUAUAUAUAUAUAUAUAUAUAUAUAUGUAUGUAUAUAUGCUAAAUAUAUAUAUCAGCGUUUUAUUUUUGGAUUUGAAGCUUACCAUUCAUAAUCCGACUGAGUAUUAUACUGUGCUACCUUAUCAAUGGAAAUCUUGUAUAGCGAAUAUUAUAAUGAGAAACAUAGUUAUAGUUAUGUAUAAUAAUACUGAUUAAUAUGUAUACUGAUGGUCAUAAAAAUAUAUGUCAUUA